GGUAGAUAGUUUUCUAAAAAAGGUUUUAUGCGCACCCCAUACUGUAUACACAAACGGAGGGAAGAGAAAUCCUAGCAGUUCUCUUGAUUCCAUUUCACUGUCGAAACGAUACUGGAGCACUUUUUUUGCACAUACCUAAAGGAAAAUCCCAAAUAACGAGCACCUAGCGACUUUGUUUAAGUGCAAUAGAGGAACUGUACGAGACAGUUUGCCCGUACACGGUGCGUUGCGGAGGGAUUUAGAAAUAAAAACCCAGUGUUGUGCAGUUGCAUUCCCUACCACUUCACUUGCGCUGGAUACGGGGAGGCUUUGACUUUUUUCAUCCCAGUUUCUGUCUCAAAACAACCGUAUUCUCGUCUAAAUCUGCUGAAGAACCUGACGGGUAGACCGUCUAUCUGAUGCUGUCUGGUCCAAACCAAGUAUGACAGUGUUUACCCCGGCUAGCAUUGACAGCAAGAGAAGGCAGCGAGCAUCUGGGCUCCAUCGAGCUCAACUGUGAAGGGUCUUGCCCCAUCAACAAGAAAGGGCUUCCCCAGUGAUUUUACCCAUGCACAGUUACUGCAGGCCCUCCUACACCCAGGUGACAGACUACGGGUUCAGGGCAGAAGCCAUCAUCCCACAGAACAUACUAAAGGCCUGGGGAAGUCAUUAGCCACCACACACAACAGGACACUGAUCUUAUCCGGUCCAGUCCAUUCGUCAGUCCCAGGGCCAGCACAGGGGGGUCGCUCCGGAGGCCAGAGCCCAUCCGGACCGGGACCCUGUGAUGUCGCACUGACUGACCCCCCUCUCUGCGAAUGACCAGCAAGCAUCUGAGGGUGGGGCCCGCCUCAGUCUCGCAUGAUUGGCUGCUGGAUGGAAUUAAGGUGAAUGGAACACAUGCCCAAGGAGCAGGACCCUAACCUAUCAGAGGGAGAAGAGAAACUGUGGAUCGAUGGCCCGAAAAGGAAAAGAAAGAACAGUUCAUGUUCUGUGAAGAGCAUGUCUGAAAUGAAUGGAUACGGACAGACUGGGUCAGAGAGUACAGGGUACAUCCCCAGCUACCUGGAGAAGGAUGAACCGUGCGUGGUGUGUGGAGACAAGGCCACUGGCUACCACUACCGCUGCAUCACCUGUGAGGGCUGCAAGGGUUUCUUUCGGCGGACGAUUCAGAAGAACCUCCACCCCGCCUACUCCUGUAAGUACGAUGGCUGCUGCAUCAUCGACAAGAUCACCCGCAACCAGUGCCAGCUGUGCCGCUUCAAGAAGUGCAUCGCAGUGGGCAUGGCCAUGGACCUCGUCCUGGAUGACUCUAAGCGGGUGGCCAAGCGGCGUCUGAUCGAGGAGAACCGGGAGAAGAGGAAGAAGGAGGAGAUGGUGAAGACUCUGCAGAACCGGCCGGAGCCCACCGGCUCAGAGUGGGAGCUGAUCCGCAUGCUGACCGAGGCCCACCGCCACACCAAUGCACAGGGCUCCCACUGGAAACAGAAACGCAAGUUCCUGCCAGAGGACAUAGGUCAGUCUCCCGUGGCCCCCACGUCGGACGGAGACAAGGUGGACCUGGAGGCCUUCAGUGAGUUCACCAAGAUUAUCACCCCUGCCAUCACCCGCGUCGUCGACUUUGCCAAAAACUUCCCAUUGCUCAGCGAACUGCCUUGUGAGGACCAGAUCAUCCUAUUAAAAGGCUGCUGUAUGGAGAUCAUGUCGCUGCGCGCUGCCGUGCGCUACGACGCAGAGAGCGAGACGCUGACCCUGAGCGGCGAGAUGGCGGUCAAGCGGGAGCAGCUGAAGAACGGCGGCUUGGGCGUGGUGUCGGACGCCAUCUUCGACCUGGGCAAGAGCCUGGCGCAGUUCAAUCUGGACGACACGGAGGUGGCGCUGCUGCAGGCUGUGCUGCUCAUGAGCUCAGACCGCUCGGGCCUCACGAGCAGUGACAAGAUCGAGAAGUGCCAGGAGACCUACCUGCUGGCAUUUGAACACUACAUCAACUACCGCAAACACAACAUUCCCCAUUUCUGGCCCAAGCUGCUGAUGAAGGUGACGGACCUGCGUAUGAUCGGGGCGUGCCACGCCAGCCGCUUCCUCCACAUGAAGGUGGAGUGCCCAACUGAACUUUUCCCCCCGCUCUUCCUGGAGGUCUUCGAGGACCAGGAAGUGUGAGUGGCGCCCCCCCGCUGCCAAAUAGUAGGGUGGCGACUUGGGAAGGAAUGGCUGUUUUUCUGGAGCGGGGGAGGGUUUUGGCAGGACUUGUGUUUCUCCGACAUUUACAUGGUAAACAACAAACAACAGGCAACAACCACACACCAGCAGCAGAGGUCAAACAAACAAUGAUUUUAGCUUUUAACCAACCACCUCUUUGUACCUGUUUUGGGGAAUCAGUUUGGCGGCCCUCCCUGUCUGAGCAGUCUUAUCCAGUGGGAGUUGCAUCCCUUUGCCAAGGCGCGCGCAGGCACACGCACACACACUCUGGGUCCCUUCCCAGAGCCUUAUCGGCGGCACCUCAUUUGUCACUCGCCACUAGAUGGUGGUCUUCACAGCUUUGCACCGGUUUGAAAUGAUGGCAAAACCAUGUUUUAAACUGGUCCGCUAAUUUCAGUCUCAGAAUUAGUGUAAAACAAUCAUUCAGGUGACGCUGUCACACACAAGCAGAGGUCCUGAGCGUGUGCCAUAUAGCGCCUACCGUAGAGCAAAGCUACCAGUACCUACUAUCAUCUCCCAACGCAACUGAGCCAUGAGCGUGAUCAUGUUUGAAACAAGUCAGGUGCUAUGUUUAUAAGUCUCCUUUAAUUGUCUGAAAUGUGUAAAACUACAGACCAUGGCUCCGUAUCUACCUUCAGUUCUGUCAUUAGGCCGGUUCCUGUGACUCACACACACACACACACUGGGCAGACGUGCCUUGUCAUUGCCUGUGCUGCUGGAGCCAGCAGUAGACCCUCUUAUGAAUGACAAUUGAGCCCUUCUCUCUCCAAGGAAAGUCAUCGCAGUGAAGGAAAGAGGGGAAGAUGGAAGGGGGCCCACUGACGGGGAGAGUUCUCAGAGGAGUACGAGUGAAAGAGAAGAGGGGAGGAAUAGGAUGAGAGAGCGAGAGAGUUAAAUCACUGGCAAGUAGACUCAAUGGCUGGAGACUGAACAGCAUCCAUAUAGACUCCCACACCCUGUCUGAAUAGCAGUGAACAAGGCAGGCAACUCAUGUCUCUCACACACACACACAUCCUCACCUCAGAAACUCAAAUGCCAUGUUGACUGUACACAUUGCAGUGAUGUAGCCCUGACCUGCAGGGUAAGUUAGUCCGAGUCUGCGCCUGUGUGACUCAGCUCAGUAUGGCCCCUCCAAGCUUCCAUACUCAGUUGUUAGGGUAGCGGUCACUGAGAAAGGGCAAGGUCAAUGACGUCUGCCAUUUACCUCAAAGUGGGCACACCUUCAAGGCUGGGGCGCCGCCAUCGCUCCUGUGCCGACAGGCUCUACCUCACCUCUGGACACAGGGCAGCAGCCCCCAGCCUCCUCACCCACCCAUCUACACACACACACACACACACACACACACACACACACACACACACACACACACACACACACACACACACACACACACACACACACACACACACUCUUAAGGAUACUCAACAAACACACAUAUGUGCAUGGGUGGAAACUCAUAAGCACACAUACAUUAAGACGAAUCCCUCAAACACACAAUCUCAGUACUACCACUCAGUUGAAAUUAAAUACCACUGAAGACAGGAGGGCCUGCCCUUCCCUAUGGGGACCUCAUUGGUUUCACUGACUUCUCUCCUCUUUUUCGGGGGAACGGGGGAUGGUAACCAUUACGUUCGGCUUUUCUCUUUUUUGUUAUGUGGGACCAAGUGUCACUAUUCAAAUUUGGAGUCCCUAUUUUUUAUUUUUGAAACAGAAGCCAAUAAAUCACACAACGGAGGAAAUUGCAUGUACAGUCCGGCUGUCGCCAUGGAAGAGGAUUGGCUGGAGAAGCGAUACACCGCGAGCAAGCGGAGAACCCCAAGGUUACCAGGCCAUAGACGGGCGGGUUUAGCACUGUUGAGGGAACAAAAAAAAGUUCAAAGAGACAACCAAUUUUCAUUGAACGCUAAGCAGUAGUUUGUGAACGACUGAACGAGGCGGCGGGAGGGAUGAAUGGAUGGAUGCGUUUCAGCAUUCUGGGAGCAUGUGGAGGAACGCGUGAGGACAUGGAGCCGAGCGUUGAGUGGGACCAGGAUGGCGGGUACUCAUAGCAGACGGCCAAGCCUAACUGCAGCAACCUCAACCGCCGUAGGUGGAAUCAACCCGAAAUCGAUUGUUACCAGACUUCAGAGCACUCUAGUGGAGCAGCCAGAGCCCCCUCACACUACUGCAGUAGUCCCAACCCCUCUCUCAACCCUCCCCACCCUCAUCAGCAACUAUACAACCCCUAAUCCUCAAACCUAGCUUCAAGUCCUCUGUCAGGCAUGCCCCCUCCUCUGAGAGUCCUGCCCGACUCUGUAUAACAUAGGCCACUGGGACAGGGCUCCCAACUAACCAUGUCACAUUUUCAGUAUUAAACCAACAGCCCUCCUCCCCAACCCUCAUCCACUCUGGGCUGGAGACGUCCCUGGGUGAGGGAGGGAUGGUCCGGGGUCUGUUUGUCACUCAUACACUAUCCUCUCAGCAUUGGUCUCCAAGUCUACCCAGAUCCAGCCCCAGUACAUACUCCUUCCCCUGCCCAACCACCCAUUCACCCAACUCAAUGUAGGAGGCCAACGGUAGGUCUGAAAAAUGUACACCAAACUGAAUCCAUGCCUCUCCCUUGUGAGACAAGGCUGGCCAUAACCGCUCACUUAGAGCGGCGUUACCGAAUGAAUGUGAACGGCAAAGCAGCAAUGGGAGCGAGUGAAGGAGAGAGCGUAAGGGAGCGGGACAGAAAGAAGGUGGGGGCAUCAGCCCUUCCUUCCGUCCUUCGUAUGGCGUGGGUUGGAUGGGGACCGUCGCCCGUGGUCAAAGCUCCGUUAUGAACUCAGAGGAUGGGGAGAUGAUCAGGUGGUCUCCCCCUUAACUCCCAGCGAGUCCCCACCUUCGGCUCUCCAUAAAGGAGAGCCACCAACUUUCACAUGGAGACGAUCGGCAACAGAAACAGAAGCGCCAUUCAAUGGAUGCGGGUAUGAAACUCCAAGCUUCGUUGACAAAGAACGAAGUGACAGAAAAAAAAGGUCCUUAGUUCCUGUGAGCCGAUUGGGUGUGUGUGUGUGUGUGUGUGUGAAAUGGUUGGUUGAAAUGCUGCUUUUACCUUCUGAGUUGAAUUUUUAUGGAGAAAGACAUAUAUGAUGAUAAUGAUUAUGUACCCAGAAAAGUGAAAUGAGGAAUAUAUGACUUUAAAAAGACUCCUGAACAAAAGUCGAACACUUGGAGAUCUUUUUCCCGUCAUUGUAUCUCAACGUUUUUUUUGUGUGAUGUUUAUGUAAUUAUUUUUUUUUAACGCUUAAACUGCUUUUACGUAAAAGAGAGAGAAAAAGAACAGCCGUAGUCACUUUUUGACCACGCGUGCAGCGUAACGUAGACAUUUUCCAUCACCUAUAGUUUGUGUUGAUAAGCCAACUGUUCUGUUGUCUGUGCAUCUGUCUGAUUGUCCGUCCCUUUUCAGGAGGAAUUUACAACAAACAAAAAACAGGAAUAUUCUUUUUAUAUCUAUAUCUAUAUAUAUAUAUAUAAAUAUAAUGUUUGCUUUUUUAUGAAAGAAGACUUUGAAGAAAAAAAAUUCACAAGCAGGAAAAAUAAUGCAACCGGAACUGAAACACAAUCUUCUCAUACCUCACACAACACAAAACUCAAGAAGGAACUUGGGAGGAGUGAUGAUUCACAGGCACAUGUGGAAGAACAUUGAGGUAUAUAUGUGCUUGUGGCGUGUACGCAUCUGUAGCGAUUACAAAAAGACUCAACCACAAGCCUUGGCGCUCGCUACCUAUUAAAUUGGUUCUUGGAAGAUUGUGGACCCGACGUAAGUAAAGUCUCGCAUCAUCAACAGGUGCUGAAAUGGAUUGCUGGCAGUUGGCCCCUCCCAGGUGUAUCCACGACCAUAGAUAGUGAAGUCAAAUGUGAAUGGCCCAGAGCUUGAGGGGGGGGUAUUUUGUAAUGGCUGAGUGCUCUAUGGUAUUGAAUGUAGCUGAUAGGAUGGGGCUGGAUCUGAGCCCGGUACCCACAACCUCACUUCCGCUCACCAGCAGAAUGGACAGUGGUGUCACAUAGACGUUACACGGAAACAAACUGAGAAUAUUGCCCAUCUGCAAGGUGCAGUAUAUACAGUAUGUUUUUUUUGUAAAUACUUUUCUUUUUCAUUCUUUUUUGUUUUAUUUUGGCCACAACCAAGGAUGUAAAUACAACAAAAUGAAAUAUGAAAAACCAGUAUAUGUAAAAACAUAUGCAACACUCACAAACUGGAUGUUUGAGCACCAACUUGCCAGUACCUGCGUCCCACCAUCUGGUAAAAUAAGCGGGGGGGGGGGGUUAUGUAUAUUAACGCUUCAUACUGUACAUCUGUGUGCUUGUGUGUGUACUCUCACACGCGCAUGUCGAUCCGUAUUCAGAAGUGACCCCGUGACAUUAAGCAUCCCCGUGCCUCCUAUUCUUUGCAAAGAGAUAGCUAGCCAUCCCUACAUUAUGUCCUGGCCACAACUCUAAGCUCUAUACAGUCAAGGCUAUACAGUGUGUGUCCACCAACAGACUGGUCUCUCCAGGUUAACGACGGGAGUGGGUAGCAGCCACAGUAGACAGAGUAUGUGAAGGUGUAAUGGAUAUUGCCGUUAUAAAUAUAAAAGCUACGCCUAAACCACAGCUUGCCUGGCUACUGCCCGCUACAUCUUAACUUGGGAUAGCCCAUUUAAUGGAAUCCCCCAACAUCCCUGUCCUUUCAUCAGCAGUCAUGGGAUGGUUCAGUCCAACAAGCUGAAACAUGGGGAGAGGGAGGAGAAUGUCUGUGAUGUUAAUUUUUUUUGCGCGGGGGGCUGUGUUUGCUCCACAUAUGUCAAAAUGUAGUUUUGUGAAAACAAAAAAAGGAACUCGAGAUGUCUAUGCAAAUCCGUUACAACCCCUUCAAAUGCGUGCUCCCUUUACCGGCGAGGCAGACUGGCAGUCAUGUUUAAAUUAAAGCAGUUUCAACCUUGUCCGGAUUCCCCUGACCCAACUCAACUGCAUGAAUCCCAUGGGUCCUUAUUUGAUCUGGGUACAAAGGCCCUUGCUACUCUGUUGCGGGCUGAGGGUCAGGGCUGUCAAAUGAGUGGGGCCCAGGGUUGACGGGAUACUCAAAGGCUCUGUUCUCCAACCAUGACCCAGCUCACCGGCUGAUCCCUGGGGUCCAGCAAGUCUACUUGUUGAAAUGACAAAAGGCCAAGUGUUGGAAGGGCACUGUCAUAGAAAGGUUGUGCUGUUGUAAACUGCUCCAGAAUCAGUGUGUGUGAUGUGUGUAUCUGUGUUACAGUAUUUGUCUACAUGAUGCAACGCUCUCAUGGUUCAGCAGAUCGAUUUGGUGCUACCUAACAAGGCCCACGCAGCCUCAGACGAGUCCCUACAUUUUUGUAGAGUUCUUUUAGAAAGACGAGUGGAUAAGAAAGAAAAAACGCUGGCAUAGAUGAGCUUUCAAAUAUUUAAUCUAGCGGCCAAGGGAAUGUCAUUCAAGACGUCAUGGCACUCAGUGGGUGUCGAGCGACGUACGUGGGCGAGAUGCGAGUAACUUGUGCAAUGGCCGGAUGAUCUCUCACCUCUCCUCAUGGAGGUCAAAGGCCAGACCACUCAGAGACGCGAGCGAAUGCACUGAUGCACAAUCGUUGAACAAACCAAGUUGCCACACAUUAACAGGACAGCUUUAACCUGUUGUACACUGACAUAGCAGCAUGUACGUAGUUGAGACGCACUUUCAGUAGCCUCGAUUCGAGAGUCUUUCCCGGAGAACAUAAUAAUAUAAAAACAGUUAAUGAUUGUGUCAGCGUAAAGCGUUUAAACAUACUGAUUGCACCCGAUAAUGACCAAAUAGCGCUUGCAACAUUUGAACUAUUACUUAGAAUUAGUUGGACCGUUAUAUCAGUGUCGCUGUAUCCUCAAAGCCAUAGCAGUUGACAACAUAUAUAUAUAUUUUUUACAAAUGUUUUGAAUGAAGUGCGUUACGUGAGCGAGUGGUGCUGUAGUGUAACUAGUCUUGUCAGACCCUAUUAGGCGAUUUACUGUGAGACAAUGUGAAUAUGCAUGACCCAUGAGAGUGUUGGCUAGAACACCUACUCUAAACAUGCACACUCACAGACACGCACCUUGUUUCUCCGGACUGGGUAAGAAAGCUAUUGAAGGAUUCUCUCAGGUAAAAAAAUAAAAUACAAUUUUCUAGAUAAAUGAUGAUAGACCUUAGAUGAACCACAAUUGUUAGCUCAUAUUUGUUGCCCUAUGGAUGGAGAAUGUUAUGCUAUGUACUGUUUGCACUGUGCUCCCUCUCGUUGGUUUUCCCAGUUCCUUCCCCCUUUACCCUUCCUCGUACGAAGAAACUGCACCGCAUCCUCAUAGCUUUGUUUUAAAUGAGAGGGUACUUCUGCCCGCGUGUUGGUUUGUGAGUAUAUCUGUCUUUCCGCCUCUUGUCUGCCUGUAUUUAUAAUGUCUGUCUGCUUCGGUGUGUGUGUGUGUGUGUGUGUGUGUGUCGGUGGGUGAAUGUACGUGCGUGUGUUUGGUGAUAAACACUCUGACUCACGCAGGACUUUUCUGUAUUUGGGCCAGUUCCUUGCCCGCAGACAAAAAUAAUUAUACCCUACGGUCCAGAAGGAAUCACGCCUCACCUUUGCUUACUACAUACAGACACGCAUACAGUGUACAAAACAGAUUGUAACAAUCACGGACAGUGGAUUCCUGUUUAAUAUUCCAGUCUAUGCGCUUUCCCCCUUUUACAGCUACAGUGCAAGCAGCAAUACUCAGCUGCCCCGCACAGUUAGCGAACGGUCCACUUGCAUGGCUUCCAUCCAUUAUGGCAGCAAUUCACCAUCAGAGGAAAAGCUUUGCACCUCUGUCCACAGACGUGUUCUAUUUAGGUCCGCUUAAUGCCAAUACUUAGUGAUGCAUUGGAAGCUUGGUAUGGCUCAAAUUUGUUUGUGGUGUAUGUGUGUGUGUCCGUCUUCGUCGGUUUGUACGUGUGUGUUGUGGUGUGUUGAGCAUCCAUUGACCCGCUUUGGUCUCCCCAACUCCCUAAGCAUCUUUUGAGGCCGCAGUACGAGACAGAUUUCUGUAAAACAGCCUUGUCAUAGGCUCACAUUUUUAUUUCCCUUGAAGAAUGUAGCCAAUAAUGUGUUUGAGGGGUCAAAUAGGGGUGCUUAUAUUUGUCCUUUUUUGCUCCAUGUACAAGUGGGUAACCUGGAUGAGUGUGGAAAUGUUUUUGUUUUUUUGCAAUUCUCAACUCCCCCUGAGGCACCCUCGAAGAGUGGGGUCGCAGCCAGGGAUCAGAGAUUAUUGACGGUGACCCUGGAGCAAUUAGGGUUAAGUGCCUUCCUCAAGGGCAGAUCAACAGAUUUUUCACCUUUUCGGCUCAGGGAUUCUGAACUAGCAACCUUUCGGUUACUGUUCCAAUACCCUGACCGCUAGGCUACCUGCUGCCCAAAAGGCUUGGGAACCGUUUGGGGGUGGGUGAGGGGGGUUGUAACUCACAAGUGCAGAAUGCGAGCUGGUAGGAAUGCUUUUUAAAAAGGGGCUCAACUGGAUGGACUUUUAUGCUUGCAAAUGGAAACCAGACUGUUGAUAGUGUUACCUCUGUCCUGGGUUCUCUUGUUUUUGGCAUUGCAGGUUUUGAAACGGCUGCCUUACUGAUUGUGUUUUGUAUUGCUCCCAUGUGAAACUGUACUACAGUAUUUUAUGUAGAGAUCGAUGAUUUGUGUGGACUUUCAUUGGUUUUCUUUGAAAAAAUGCAGACAAUAGAGUUGGGCUCUUGGGGGAAAGAUAGGCCUAUAUGUAUGUUUGCUUGAUUUUUCCAGCUUCGGUCUCCUAAGAAUAACAUUAGGAGGAUAUUGUCACAGAGAAGUAGAAAUGACUAGAGCAAACACCCCCGUGGAGGCAAUUCUGAUGCAACAGAACAACUAUUUUUCUAAUGAAAUCACCAGAUUGCCAUGUUAAUCCUGCCAACAAUAACAGGGACAAGGGAGUUAGUGUGUGUGUGCGCGUCUGCGUCCAUGCGUGUGUGUGUAUGCGUGAUAUAGAGAAAGAGGUAGGUCACGCAGCUCUGUGCGACUAUUUUGUGUUGUGAAGUGCUUGGACUGUUCAAAGAGAAGAGUAAGAGUGAGCACAUGACUGUAGUCAUUAAAAAGCACUAUGACCCUUCUAUGGCACAUUGACCUGCACUGUGGCCUGCUCACUGUCUCAGGCAUGGACAGCUGGGCAAGUUAGAACGUGUGAAGAUCUUUGAAUGGGAGUAAAGCAAUUGCUCUGGCGAUUCAUCCGAUUGUGAUGUAUUGAGUCUGUUACUUACUAGGCCAAAUUUUUCACAUAUUUUUCCAAAUACUUAUUAGCACUAUUAGGUAGUGCCUUCAGGAGCUUUUGAAGGCAGGUGAUUAUAGUUGGUUGGUCAGCUUUAUGCUGCUUGGACAUCCUAUGUGUCUAUUGCAAUUUGUAAAAUUGUGGAGAUAUUUUUUGUAAAAGGUGCGCAUCGGAAAUGUUAUGCCUAGACAGCAAGGAAUGUACACUAUUAAUGAAAAAAAUAUAUAUUUAGAGAAUUAACACCCCAUAUGUAUGAAUGCAUAUGCAAAGUUUGUCAGGUUGAAAACAGGUUUGAUCGGUCGGGACUGCUCAGGUUUGAAUGUGAGGCCUCAAAGGGUGCUUUCCUUAAACCCCUCCUCUUCCCAUGUGUCUCCUGUCUUCUUUUCAUGGCACUGCUCUGACAUGUACCCUCCUAGCACAGAUCAAACCUCAAUCCAAUCGACCAAUACUCUACCAUAGCCUUUUAUUGUAUGGACAGCCAGAGAUAUACUCUGUUAAGAUAGUGAAGAUAAUGCCGCAAAAGGGAUCAAACGUUCUCACAGAGAAGUUCCACACAGAAACAGACGGGUCUAAUUGAGUUCCAUAGUUCACAAAUACCCACUACUCCAUCCAGUCUACAGUAGCUGGUCUUGACAGAAGGGUCCAUGUCAAACUGCCUGUUCUCCAGUCCUGGAAUAGGGACUACACUCUGGGCGAUGUUUUGCUGUACAGGUGUGUGUGAUCUCUUUGUGUUGACGUCUAUCACCUGCACUUUUGCAGUCCACUGUUCUAUCCAGAGAAAGGCCACAUGUGCCAGUUUUAUUCGAAAAGGUCUUGAACGGUGCACUUCGACAUGACACCUGAUUCAAAUCUAUUGGGUUUUAAUCUUACCAAAUUUGACCAAUGGAAAGACGCAGAGGCGAGCCUCGAUAUGGCUGGGUUGGAUUGUAUUUUCUCUGAUUCGAGUCAUUUUUGUGUCUCUUGAUGUUGUUUUUAUGGAUAUGUUUUUAUGGAUAAUUGUUUUUUUUCUUCAAAAAAGUUGUUUAUCCAGUCCGUUACCUAACUUCUCAUUAUAUUUGUGGUUAUUGUUAGAUAAAACAGAAUUCAAAACCUUCAGCCAGCAGUACAUGUAAAUCUAUCAAGGCUGUAGUCUUAAUCUGAGACUGCCGUAACUGGUGGUGGCCAGAGAGCACACAGUACCCUGCUGAAAAAAACUGCAUAGGCUGGUGACCAGCCUUCUCUGUGUUGUUGCUGGUGACCAGCCUUCUCUGUGUUGUUGCUGGUGACCAGCCUUAUCUGUGUUUUGGAAACUGGUCACCAGCGUACCA